AUGAACGAAGAUCUUGACGAACCCAUUGUACCUCUAGUUACGAAUGGCAAGGGUCGACUUGACCAAAAAGACGAUGUAAAAAGUGAUGAACGACGACGUCACAGGAGUGGUUCGCGAACUUCUAGUCACAGACAGAGAUCGCAUUCCCGAAAUCGAAGUCAUCGUAAACGAAGAUCACGUUCUAGAUCGCGAGAGAAAACACGACGACAUAGUCGUUCUAAAUCGCGUGAGCGUGAAAAAAGACGGCGGAGUAGAACUCGUUCUCGAGAAAGAGAAAGAGUAAAAGAAAGAGAAAAAGAAAGAGACAGAGAAAGAGACAGAGAAAGAGAUAGAGAAAGAGAUAGAGAAAGAGAUAGAGAAAGAGAUAGAGAAAGAGAUAGAGAAAGACGACGUAGAAGUCGCUCACGCAGAAAAAGUAGAAGUCCCAGCAGAUUUAGUGAUCGUCGGAGACGUUCACCAACCCCACCAUUAGAUGAAGAGGAACGGGAUAAACGUACAGUAUUUGUCAUGCAAUUGGCUGCGCGCCUUCGAACUAGAGAACUUGCAGAAUUUUUCUCAUCAGCUGGAAAGAUCAAAAGGGUGAUUGGUUAUGUGGAAUUUUAUGAUGAAGAAUCUGUUCCAAAAGCUCUAUCUUUGACUGGACAAAAACUUUUGGGCAUUCCUGUGAUUGUACAAUUAACUGAAGCGGAAAAAAACAGACAAGCCAGGCUGGCUGAACAAGCAGCUUCGCAUGCAACCGAUAUCGCAUAUCAUCGGUUAUAUGUGGGAUCUGUUCAUUUCAAUUUAACAGAAGACGACUUGAGACAAGUCUUCGAGCCAUUUGGACCUUUGGAAUUUGUUAACUUACAUAAAGAUCCUGAAACCGGUCGUUCUAGAGGAUUUGCCUUUAUUCAAUAUAAAAAUCCAGAAGACGCUAAACAAGCAUUGGAAAAAAUGAAUGGGUUUGAAUUGGCCGGAAGAACUAUUAAAGUAGGUCUUGUUACGGAUAAGAGUAAUGGCAUGAAUCUGAAUCUCGAUGAUGGUGAUGUUGCUGGUUUGGCUCUCAAUGCGCAAUCGAGGGUGGAAUUGAUGCAAAAAUUGGCUCGCGAUACUGAUUUAAUUGCUCCUACGACACAACCUAUCAUGACAGAACCACCAAAACCUAUUCAGCCAAGAGUGAACCCGACUCGUUGUGUACUAUUAAAAAAUAUGUUUAAUCCUGAAGAGGAAACUGAAUCCAAUUGGGCAGAAGAACUCGAAGAUGAUGUGAGAUCGGAAUGUGAAAAAUUUGGAACGUUGGUUCAUAUUAGUGUUGAUAAAGAAUCAGACGGUGACAUCUACAUGAAAUUUGAUGGAGUAACCGCUGCCCAAAAUGCUGUUAACGGACUUAAUGGAAGAUGGUUCGGGGGCAAUCAAAUCGCUGCAGUUUUCAUUCUUGAUAUGUUUUAUAACGUUCGAUAUCCCAAAGCACUAAAUCUAUGA